AAAAAAGAAACGUUCAGCCGCCAUGAUGCUUGUUUGCUCUCGAGUGAAGUAGAAACAAAAGGGAGCACGCACUCGUCCUCAGUGCUUGGUAUGCGUUAGCAGUACAGGAAUGCCCAAGGAAAAGUAUGACCCGCCAGACCCCCGGCGAAUGUACACAAUCAUGUCUACGGAGGAUGCAGCCAACGGGAAGAAGUCUUACUGGGGAGAGCUGGAAAUCAGCGGUAAAGUCCGCAGCCUGAGUACGGCUCUGUGGUCGCUGACACACCUCACUGUUCUGCACCUCAGUGACAACUCCCUGUCCCGCAUCCCCCCCGACAUCGCCAAGCUCCACAACCUGGUCUACCUGGACCUCUCUUCCAACAAGAUCAGGAGCUUGCCAGCAGAGCUCGGCAACAUGGUGUCUCUCAGGGAACUGCUUUUAAAUAACAACCAGUUGCGUGUUCUGCCGUUGGAACUGGGGAAACUGUUUCAGUUACAAACACUGGGGUUGAAAGGAAACCCACUAGCACAAGAGGUCAUGAGUCUGUACCAGGAGCCAGACGGAACCAGGAGACUCCUCAACUACCUGCUGGACAACCUGGCAGGAGCCCUCAAACACAUGCCCACGGAGCAGCCACCUCCCAGGUCCUGGAUCUCCAUUCAGGACCCCGACAGAACGCGGCCUUCAGCUCUGUUCUCGGUGAUGUGCUACAACGUGCUGUGUGAUAAGUACGCCACACGCCAGCUGUACGGCUACUGUCCGUCCUGGGCUCUCAGCUGGGACUACAGGAAGAGGAGCAUCAUGCAGGAAAUCAUGAGCUGCACUGCUGACAUCAUCAGUCUCCAGGAAGUGGAGACGGAGCAGUACUAUAACUACUUCCUGCCUGAGCUGAAGGAAGAGGGCUACGAGGGCUUCUUCAGCCCCAAGUCCCGGGCCAGGACCAUGUCCGAGUCGGACCGCAAACACGUCGACGGCUGCGCCAUCUUCUACAAGACGGAGAAGUUCAGCCUGGUCCAGAAGCACACAGUGGAGUUUAACCAGCUGGCCAUGGCUAACUCUGAGGGCUCGGAGGCCAUGCUGAACAGGGUGAUGACCAAGGACAACAUCGGGGUGGCCGUACUGCUGGAGGUCCACAAGGAGAUGAUGGAGCAGAGUGCGGGGAAGUCCCUCCAUGGCAUGGAGAAACAGCUCCUCCUGGUGGCCAACGCCCACAUGCACUGGGACCCGGAGUACUCGGACGUGAAGCUGGUCCAGACCAUGAUGUUCCUGUCGGAGGUCAAGAACAUCGUGGACAAGGCCACGCGCUCCCUCAAGCUCUCCUCCGUCUCCGGGGAAACCAACGCCGUCCCCCUGGUGCUGUGCGCAGACCUCAACUCCCUCCCCGACUCAGGUGUGGUAGAGUACCUGAGUACAGGGGGAGUGGACAGCACCCAUAAGGACUUUAAGGAGCUGCUCUACAUCGACAGCCUGACCAACUUCAACUGUAACGGCAAGAACGGCUUGUCUAACGGCAGGAUCACGCACGGCUUCAAGCUGAAGAGCGCCUACGACAACGGCAUGAUGCCGUACACCAACUACACCUUUGACUUCAAGGGGGUGAUUGACUACGUGUUCUACUCCCGGCCUCACCUCAACGUCCUGGGGGUGCUGGGCCCUCUGGACCCCUCCUGGCUCCAGGACAACGGUGUGAGCGGCUGCCCCCACCCCCACAUCCCCUCCGACCACUUCUCCCUGCUCGUCCAGCUGGAGCUGCUGCUCCCCCCCCCGGCCCCCCAGCUCAACGGCCUGCACCUGCCUGGACGCAGGUAGUGGCCCCCCUCACCGCCCCCCCCUCGUUCCCCAACCCCCGCAGAGGCGGCGUCACGACAACAAGCCGUCUGAAGAAUCAGGCAGGCCAGACGGACAGGGAUUUCCUAUCUGAUAAUAGAUAUAUAUAUUUUCUUCUUUCUUUCUGUAUUGUUUUCUUGUUUUUUGUAAUGCUAAAGUCAAUCUUGUUCAUUGUGUAAAUAAUCCUGUCUAAGAACCCCUGCCCUUCCACACCUCUUAGGCUUGGAUGAUGGCUAGUCCCUCCUUCCCCCAGACCUGUCUGUCUGUCCUGUACAAAUCUCAAACCAGCAAAGACGACAGACCUGUCUGACUGGCCUCAUUCCCCCUCUCCUCCCCUCCGCCAGCCUCAUCCCUCCACCAGCCUCAUCCUACCCUCUGCCAGCCUCAUCCCUCUACUCCCCCAGCCUCAUCCCUCUACUCCCCCAGCCUCAUCCCUCUACUCCCUCAGCCUCAUCCCUCUACUCC